AUGCCGCUAGACACAAUAUACCUGACUCGCCAUGGGCUUCGUCUCAACUGGACGAUUGACCCCCACACUGGCACCUACAAAGCACAGUUUCCAACACCGACAGGAAACCCCGCUGAUCCAGCAUUGACCUCGCAUGGUGUCCGACAAUCAGAAGAGCUAGCAGCGCACAUUAUCGCCCCGGAAUUCCACCCCAAGCCAUUCAGGGUUUACUCGAGUCCAUUUUACCGAUGCCUGCAGACCAUCCAACCCUCCGUCGAGCAGCUGAAGCAGAAGCACAAGGAAAUUCAAUCUCAUGAUGGAGAACCCGCAAUCCCAUCGCGUGGCCAAAUUGAAGAAAGCGCAGAUUUGGACGUGCGACUUGAAAAUGGGCUGGCAGAAUGGUUCGGCCCGACAACCUUCUUCGAUCACCCAUCGCACCCCGACCCAAGUGUUAUGCGUACCCAUUUUCCAACAAUGCUCCACGAAACCCCGGAGAAUAAGUACUCACCUAUAAUCCACCCAUCGACAAGAGGCGAAACAAUCGCCCAAUUGCACAACCGUGUCGCCGCAGCCCUGGAGGGUAUAAUCGCCGACGUGGAUGCCGAGAUUACGGCCGUGGAAGCGAGCCAAUCUCCCGAGCAAAGAACAAGCAAGGCCAUUCUGAUCUGCGGGCAUGCAGCUCCGCUUAUUGCCAUGGGCCGGGCUUUGACCGGAAAUAUGCCGGAGGAUAGUUCCGUCGAGGACUUCUUUGUUUUCACAGCUGGGAUGAGUACGUUCCGCCGAAGAGGCGCAUCUACCGGCCGGAAUGUGAGGGUUGAAGAAGGGGUGUUGGCUGAGGGGACGAAGUUGUAUCGUUCGAAGGGUGUGCCGGAGUGGGAGAAUGGAAAGGGUGUUGGAGGUGGAUGGGACUGUGCGUUGAAUGGAGACUGCAGUUUCUUGAGUGGAGGCGCAGAGAGAGGAUGGCACUUCAAUGGAGAGGAGGGAUUUGAUACGAACUCCAUGACACCUGCAGACCCACCCGUUGGCGCGACAAAGCUAUGA